GGCAGUGGCGCUCAUUCUGAUAGGAGAGAGCCAUGUGCCAAGUGGAAGAAGGCAUCAGGGAGCCAUCACAACCCACAGAGAAGCUCUACUUUUCCAACCUCUGAUUCACCAUGAAUGGACUUGGACGACGCGUAGAGAGGACAACCGCUGGAAACCCCAGGCCAAAUGUUGCAGCUGAGCUGGGGAACAUCUUUGCCAUGAUGGCUGGAGAUUUGCAGAUUCAGCUGAAUGAGGAUUUGGAAGUUGGUGUCAUCCAGAGAGAGGUUAAGAAGUUACCCAAGCAGGUGAGAGAAGACCUAGUUCCACUUUCAACUGACCGGACUCGUCUUCUAGUAGAACCUGCCAAAAAACCAAGACAACGUUAUGUCCAGAAAGAUGGCAAAUGUAAUGUCCAUCAUGGAAAUGUCAAGGAAACAUACCGCUACUUCAGCGAUCUCUUCACCACACUUGUGGACCUCAAGUGGCGGUUCAGCCUGUUAAUCUUUAUCCUGGUGUACUGCAUCACCUGGCUCUUCUUUGGACUAAUAUGGUGGCUCAUUGCAUACAUCCGGGGGGAUCUUACACAUCAAGGGGAGGAAAACUGGACUCCUUGUGUGGAGAACCUGAACAGCUUUGUUUCAGCUUUCCUUUUCUCCAUUGAGACAGAGACUACAAUUGGUUAUGGCCACAGGGUCAUCACAGAAAACUGCCCUGAGGGGAUCAUACUGCUGCUGAUCCAGGCCAUCAUAGGUUCCAUUGUCAAUGCUUUGAUGGUUGGCUGCAUGUUUGUCAAAAUUUCCCAGCCCAAAAAGAGGGCUGAAACCCUCAUGUUCUCCAACAAGGCAGUCAUAUCAGUCCGUGACAAUAAACUUUGCCUCAUGUUCAGAGUAGGAGACCUCAGGAACUCCCAUAUUGUUGAGGCUUCCAUUCGGGCCAAGCUGAUAAAGUCUAAGCAGACCAAGGAAGGCGAAUUCAUACCUCUCAACCAGACAGACAUUAAUGUGGGUUUCGACACAGGUGAUGACCGCCUAUUCCUUGUGUCCCCUUUGAUCAUCUGCCAUGAGAUAAAUGAGAAGAGUCCAUUUUGGGAAUAUUCGAAAGCACAGAUGGAGAAAGAGGAGUUUGAGAUUGUAGUAAUCCUGGAAGGGAUGGUUGAAGCUACAGGGAUGACAUGUCAGGCUCGCAGCUCUUAUCUGGACACCGAGGUGCUCUGGGGCUAUCGCUUCACACCAGUGUUGACUCUGGAGAAGGGCUUCUAUGAGGUAGACUACAAUUCUUUCCAUGAUAUCUUUGAGACUCAUACACCUUCCUGCAGUGCCAAGGAGUUGGCAGCUAUUGCCAGUGCUGGGCAGCUGUAUGCUCAAAUCUCUCAGCAUAAUGCAAACAUUUGCACCUUCCCCAAGGACUCACAAACCAGUGGUCAGAAGCAGGAUGAUGCUAGAAAAACAAAUGGAUCCACCAGCCAAGUCCACCCUGCCAUCAAGCAUUGAUUGCAUCAACUGGAGCGAGUUAAGGCCAUGUAAUAUUUGACGACUUUUCCAGCGAUUUUCAGUCAUAGUCUUCAUUUGCAUAAUCUUAGGGAGUCAAAACAGUUGGUGGCUCGCUCCCGUGGAGGCUAGUCAUCUAGUAGGACAUACCCAGCGACACACUCCUGCUUGUCCACAAUUUGCUCUGAUUUUGUGUUUAGUUGUAGGAGUGGGCUCUGUGUAUGUGAAAUCUGACAACCAAUCCAGGAAUACAAUGCAUAUGAAUUAACCAGGAAUGAGAACAAGUACUGUACUAAGGAACGCAAGUGUUUUGGACAUCACAUACAGUAGAGAAGCUCAUUUAUUUAGUACCCGAGAAAACAGAAAAAAGGGCAAAAAGGGCAGAGAUUGGGUAUGAACUCUCCAUAACUGUCAACUCCUUGUACAACACCGGCUCCGUCAGGCAGCAUGCUGCUGGCUGGCAGAAAAAGGGACAAGAACGGGUGUGCUGGAAAGUCAUCAUGUAACUGGUAAAUCAGACAUGUUCAGCGAUUUUCAGUCCAGAGACGAGAUCAGCAACUGCAGUCAGCAAAUGUGACAUAACCUUUGACUAGAACUCACACUAUGUGACAUUGGCUUUAGGAUCAAGCAAUGCCUUCUGAUUUGUAUUGUCUGACAUAGAGGUUCUAUAAAGAAUUGGGAGGGGGUCUAUUGAGAAAUUCAUUAUGUGCACUUUUCAGAAGACGUCAUAAAUUGAGGCAGGUACAGUAGAAUUCACAAGGAUACUUCAAGGGAUUUAGCCAUGGGGCUUCUAAGACCUACAGUACUGUAUGGGCUGCUUUAAUUUAUAAUGGGGCUGCUGACUUGAACCUCAUCUCUGACUGACCAGAGAAUAAAACACAACUGCACAACCACUGACUUUUGCUCUUCCAUGAUCACCUUUUUCAUGUAGGCCAAAUGAGAGUGAGCUUAGAGCCAUUGACGUGACACCAUCACAAAGCAGAUCAAGCGAUAACCUGGAAAUGAGCUUUUCAACCAGAGAGAAAAAAAACAACACAAGCUAGCUUUACUCCCAAAUAUGAACGGUUUUGCAAUCCAACAUAUUUGCAAGCUUCCCGUCUUUACCGCCUGCUUACCUCUUUAUUUAAAGAAUUUGAUUUCGCCUAAGCUGUCCUGCAUAGGAGGAAUAGAAAGAUUUUGUUCUUCAGCCUCAUUACACCUUUGCUUUGCAGUCAAUGGGUGUUUUAGCCUUUAGUAUGUCAUCUAUGUCAUCACUGCAAACCCAGAAAAUAAAUCUGGGACACUGAAAUGGAAAUAAAACUCCUGAUAAACAAAAAAAAAAGUAGUGUGGUCAGAAAUAGAAGUACAACUAAAAUUGUUUAAUAUAAAAUAAAAAAAAAAUCAUAAAAUGGAAGUUAGCGGUCUGUUUUUCAUGCAUCUCCCAUAAGGUCCCAAAGGCACGAGGAUUAAAGUAGAGACAUAAAAGUGACAGCUGCAGUUUUACGGCUUGUUUGGAUUGAAUGCAAUAGACAUGCAAUUUAGAGCCCGGACUGUGACGCUCAUUAUAGGAAGCUGAAAUGUGAAGGCAACUUUUUAAGCAAAAAAAUUCAAAACUCCUCACAAACCCACCGUGACUCAUCCAUGAGAUCAAUUAGUUACACUGCCUACUUUUGGAGAUAAAGAAUACCCAGCAUUUAAAUUCACUUUUUUUUUUCCUUGUAACAUUAUUAAUCGGCCCUACGAGGAAGCAAUGAAUCAGAAAGAAUUCUGGCACAAAACUAAUAUUGGAUCAGACAAAAAUCCUCAUGAGAGGCGAAAAAUUGCUGUAAUACACAGUAGUGUGGAGAAGCCUUAGGCACCCAAGAUUAUUAUAUCAUUUUUGUUUUAGAGGGUUUAUUUUAUGUGACUUCUGCAGUGGCAUGUCAGUAGACAAGAACAAAUUUCAGAUUUUCAAAAAUUCUGUUUGGAAAAAUUAAAUGUUACAGAGACAUGUUUGCAUUUUGCUAUAGAGAGUAAAAUAUUAUGUAACGGAUCGCUUUUUCGAUAUAAACUUGAUGACUCGGCAGGUCUGCAGCCCACUGACUAAUUAAACACAGAUAAGAAGCCCACGCGAAGGAGCAAUGACAUCAUAAACGGACUGAGCCAAACUGAUUACCUGAAAUAGAAACUGGGUGUCGAAUCAAACUUGGGAAUGACUCCUUUAAGACGUGUCUGGAGGAGAAACUGGGACUCGUGAUGGGCUCUUCAAUUCAAUUUACUGAAUUGAUUCUUUCAAACUACCUUUUUAGUUUGAAUGCAGUCUUUUGAUUCAUUUUUAGCGAUAGCUGAUACUGGAGUUUGGUAUGGGGGGUCUCCUCCGAUCGCAUCACAAAUAUAUAAUUUAAUAAUUCAUGCAUUGCUUUCACAUACUGUAUGUACAUAGGUGUGUGACGGUGUGGUUUGGCUCCUUCCGGGAGACUCUUGAACCCGCCACCAUUGAUAACGUUACCGAGAUAAGCCAGGCAAAUGAGGAUACAUACAUUCAGACAAGGGGUAGGUGAAAAAGUGGCAGUGCUUUUAUUAAAAAAACAUCAAAAAAAUCAAGUGCCCAACUGUGCAGUGAAAUUCAUUACAUAACAAAAUCAAAUAAGAUGAGAGUGAAUGUGGACGUUAAAAUACAAUAAAUAAAUAUUCAUAAAACCCGAAGGUCAAAACAAGUGGGAAGCCGUCUCCUAAAACCUCACAAGCCCAGGUGCAUCCCUGUAAAAGUGACGUUUCUCCGGCUUAUCCUUUUUCCGGAUCUUGCAGCUCGGAGAGACGUCAACCAACAGGUGCAGAUGACCCUCAGACCUUCUUGUGUCCCCACUUCCCAUCCCAUGAUGGGACGCCGCAGAGCUUCCACUCCCUUGGCUCCCUCUGUCAUCUCUGGCCUUGCAGGGAGCCCCUCAGGAGUACUCUUGUAGCUCCCAAGCUCAGCAAGAGUAACGCUCAUCCCCCUCGAGCGCCGGCCACACAUUCUCCUCCUGGAACUCACAUUCCUGUCCACCUGCUUCUUCCAUUUCUGCACCUGCUCGCUCACUCGCUCCUGCCCUUCUUUUCUUCCUUUAACCUCCUCCCUCGUUUUUGUUAUUUUCAAACCUUUUGUUUUCCUCCUGCCCUUUCUGUCCCAUGCAGGCACCUUUUAUCCUGGAUGUUUAAUUGGGCACAGUUGUGAGGAGCUACUCCCUCCACGCCAUCACCGAGGUGCCCGCCUCCACUUGUGUAUGUGCCAAUACCACCUCUAACGCACUCUCAAACACCCAAACAAACUGGUGCCUGCACCGUCUUGGGAUGCAAUUAUAUAUUUAAAAUUAGCCACCAAAUACUGAGCUGCGGACCAGUGUUUAUAUAAUUAAUAUUAUUUAUUAAUUCACAAUCUAUAAAUAAUAUAAAUAUACAAAUCAUUAUAUU